UUCUCAUCCACAGUUCCAAGUUCAAUAUCACUCGCGAUCUCACCAGGAAGACAUCAAAAUGAAGCUUUCGGCCAUUGCUCUCUUUAUUUCUGCCGCCACGGCGACCCCGGUCAACGAGCUCGUAAAGAGGACUCCUCCGAAUAUUCCUAGCGCAGCGAGCGCGAUAAGUAUGCUUGCUUCUCUCACUGUAAGGACUUCGGACCCAUCGGGCUACGACAGAAAUCUGUUCCCGCACUGGAUCACAAUCAGUGGUUCUUGCAACACUCGUGAGACUGUCCUGGCGCGCGACGGAACCAACGUCAUCCAGGCCAGUGACUGCUCAGCAGUAAGCGGAAGUUGGUACAGCCCUUACGACGGUGCAACUUGGACUGCUGCCUCUGAUGUUGACAUCGAUCACGUCAUUCCUCUUUCCGAUGCCUGGAAAUCAGGGGCCAAUACCUGGACUACCGCAUUGCGCCAACAAUUCGCCAACGACCUAACGAAUCCCCAACUCAUCGCUGUGACGGACAACGUUAACCAAGCCAAGGGCGACAAAUCCCCUGAUUUGUGGAAGCCUCCUCUAACCUCCUACUACUGCACUUAUGCCAAAAUGUGGGUCAAGGUCAAGAGUGCAUGGUCACUCUCUGUCAAGUCUGCCGAGAAAUCGGCCUUGGCGAGUAUGCUGAACACUUGCUGAGCUGAGAUCGCGCGAACGAGUGCUGGAUGCUGGAUGCUGGGCCUAUGUGAUGUUGACAGAUAGACCAUCGUACGGUCUUUUUUUUUUUUCUUUCGAAAAUAGUAGAGUAAAGUUUAUGGAGUUUGUAAUUCCGGCUCCCCUUCUAUUGAAAAUUUUAUAUCAA